AUGAUUAUCAGAAGUAUAUUUUUUGCGGCGUUUGUAUUAUAUUUUUCUAUUUCUUCGGCAAUCAAAAUAUGUGACCGAAAGCCAAUUUCAAUAUCAACACCAAAAAGUACAAAUCCACAUCCAUUUAGAAUUGUUUUUAAAGGAAAUAUAGAAUAUUAUACACCAGGAACUACAUACACAGUUUUACUGCAAGGUAUUAAGACUACUGCAACACCAAGUUUUACUAGUUUUAUAUUGAUGGUCGAGUCUGAAGAGAGCCAGAAUUAUGACGACGAAAACAACGACUUUAUAUCUGGAAAAUUUCAACUUACUGGUGACGUAAGAACAAAAAUUAGCGAAGUCUGCCCAAAUACAGUUACUCAGACCUCUUUAAUUCCAAAAUCAGAAGUACAAGUAUUUUGGACAGCUCCGUCAUCUGGUAGCGGAUGUGUUGUAUUUAGAGCUACAAUUGUUGAAUAUCGUGAUAUUUGGUAUAUGGACGAUGAACAUUUAAACAAAAGAAUUUGCGAAGAAAGUAAUGAAAGCAAUGACGAUAACGCUAAUGUAGUAUACGAGUGUUGUGCGUGUCAUGAAGCUAAGUUCGAGUUAACUUUUGAAGGACUAUGGUCAAGACAUACUCACCCAAAAGAUUACCCGGACGACAAUUGGCAGACUCGAUUUAGUGAUGUUAUUGGCGCUUCACAUACAAUUGACUAUCGAUUUUGGGAACAAGAUCAAGUAGCUUCCGAUGGAAUGAAUAGCAUAGCACAAAGUGGAACUACUUCGACUUUGGAAUCUGAACUUAAAUCCAAAAGCGAUAAAAUUCGUACUAUAAUUAAAGCCAGAGGUAUUAGCUAUCCAAAUGUGACUGGAAAGACAUUUGCUGUAUUUCGAGUGGAUCAAGAUCAUCAUUUGAUUUCAGUUGUGUCAUUCAUGUAUCCAUCGCCGGAUUGGUUUGUUGGAAUUUCGGGUUUGGAACUAUGUUUGCCAAACUGUAAUUGGAUUACGAAUAAAACCAUCAACCUGUACCCAUGGGACGCUGGAAUUGAUAGCGGAGUCACAUACAAUUCAUCUGAUAUGCCUCAAGUACCAAUAAUGAAUAUAGAGAGAGUUUGGCCAUCGAAUACCAAUGAUAUGCGUUCUCCAUUUUAUGACCAAUCGGGUGCACAAAUGAAGCCUAUUGCAAAACUUCAUCUUAUGAGACAACGUCUUUAUGAAAAAAGUUGCUCAGAAGAAGAGUCUAAAACCGAACAAUCAGUUUGUGAUACUGGACCGUGGUCAGAUUGGGACGAGUGUUCAGUGACUUGUGGCAAAGGCUACAGUAAUAGAUAUAGGCAAUAUAAGAAUCCAGAAGACGCACAUAAACCUCACUGUAGCAAACGGUCGAUGACACAACGUAAAGGAUGUUAUGUGCUUCCUUCGUGUGCGAUUGAGGCUGAGGAGACUGAUACGAUUGAUCCAAAAUGUGAUGUAACUGCUUUUGGUCAGUGGUCGGAUUGCUCAGCAGAGUGUGGACCUGGUGUAACGGCAAGAUUUCGGACAAUCUUAAACGAAGAAGUGACACCAAAAUACUGUUUGGGUAGAAUGUUCUUACAGCAAACUAUACCAUGCGAAUCAAAACCUUGCCAAGACGAACGUGAUAACGUGGACUUGGGUAUAAUAUGCAGUAAUUGUUCACUAACUAAAUGGUCGUUGUGGUCACCUUGCAAUAUGAAAUGUGGAACGGGUCAGAAGGAGAGACAUAGGAUGAAUUUUGACAAAACUGCAACAUCAGAAAAUUGUGACCCUCGUUGUUAUACACAGACAAUAAAUUGUACAGAUAAUCCUCCAUGUGAAAACAAUAUGCGAAUGGAAACAACCACAUCACCAAGUUCUGAAAAUACACCAGUAACAUCUGUUACUUUAAAUCCAGACGAUAUUUCAGACGAUUCGACGGAAAAAUGUUUUUUGUCAAAUUGGAGUAAAUUUUCAAGUUGUAAUGCUAUUUGUGGUCCUGGUUUCAAAGAGCGUACGCGAACCAUACUAUCCCCAACGGAUCCACUGGAACAAAAGAAAUGCAGGAAAAAACUAGUUGAUCGUCGAAACUGUCGAGGAAGACAAUGUAGCAGAUGUAAUUAUUCGCCAUGGUCGGAGUGGUCACUAUGCUCAGCGCUAUGUGGUAUGAAUGCAGUACAACAACGUACAAGAGUUCCAGAAAAUGUUGCAUGGACUUGGUGUAAAGAUAGAUUAGAACAGCGUAUUUGUUCAGCUUUAGCAUGUAAAACUGAUUAG